GUAUUGUAUUCAAGCGAUUAUUGUUGACAGUUCUCGUCGAAGAAAGCUUCCUGCAGCUGUUGCAAGAAACAAACGCUUGUUCUUGUCAGAGCGUCGUGACUUUUUAUUUUCAUAAAUAUUAAUUUCGCACGCGGUUGUAGAAAGUGAGUGGAUAAUUGUAACGUGAAGCUGCAAUCCUUACGGCGUGUUGCUGUUAAAGGAGGUCAUCGUAGAACGGAUAAAAUGAGCGGAAGAUCACAAAUGGCAGCGAUGAAUGGAAAGAGACCGUCCUCGAUCCCAUCGCGACAUCAAUCUGAAACUAUAGCUCAACAUUUUGAUCUAAUUAAAUACAUCUAUGAUUCAUGGAAUACAGUAUCCAGAGAGCUAGAUAUGUGUCACAAUCAACCACAUAGUAAUUCUUCUAAUUACAGAAAUGGUGCAUCUGUUACAUAUUAUCAAGAGCGAGAACCUAAUCCACAAUUAAAAGAUUUUGAACCAUUCAACCUUGAAGCCUGGUGGGGACAACGUGUUGUUCAAAGUAUCACUAGGAAUGCAAGCUCCUAGUGCCAGGCCCAACACAUUGAUUAUAAUCGAACAUUCUCAAACAGACAUAAGAAA